AUGAAUGCCAUCACGUCUACCAUGCUUGCGGAACUCAACGAUGCGUUUAAAGCAGCCGACGAUGACGCCAAUGUACGUGUCGUUGUAUUGACCGGCGCCGGACGUGGCUUCUGUUCCGGGCUGGACCUCAAACAAGCUGCAUCAGGGGAAGGCAUUGGCGGUGCCGAUCUGGCAUCCGCCGGCGCCAGACACUACUCGACCAGGGAAAUAUGUACGGUCACCCUGCAACGUAUGGAUACGCCAGUCAUCGGCGCCAUUAAUGGGGUGGCUGCCGGGUAUGGUCUGGAUCUGGCCCUGGGUUGCGAUAUGCGCAUCAUGAGCGAAAGCGCGGUAUUGAUGCCGGGCUUUGCCAAAAUGGGUGUGGUGCCCGAAAGCGGCGGCACCUGGUAUUUACCCAGAUUAUUAGGUUGGGCUAAAGCCUGCGAGGUGGCCAUGCUGGGUGACAAUAUGGAUGCUCAGACGGCCGUUGAGUAUGGCCUGGCCAACACUGCCUGUGCGGAUGUGGACUUUUCUGACACGGUCAAUCAGUGGGCGGAAAAAAUUGCGGGCAAUGCACCACUGGCCAUUGCAGAGAUUAAGCGCCUUUUCCGACACGGCUUGACACAAGAUUUCGAAAGUCACUCUCAUCACGUGCUGAUGUCUGUACUCAAUCUGUUUAAGUCACAGGACUUCAACGAAGGCGUGCAGUCGUUUGUUGAGAGACGACCACCGGAAUUUAAGGGCAGAUAA